AUGGAAGACACAAUAUAUUGUGAUCGAUCAUUUAUGGUGGGUUUACGGACGCUACAGGAGAAUAUAAACACGACACAAACAGUUUUGACAGAGAAUUUACAAAUGCCAACAUGCCAGUGGAGUACGUUUGCAUUUUUGUUGAUAGGUGUUCCAUUAUGCUUUUUCCAGAUUAAAAGUAGAAAGAAGGACCAAAGAUGUUCUAAAAGAUUAGUCAAUUUUAGAAUUAUCCUCACAGGACUGAUCGCUCUUCUAACAACAUGUUACAUGAUGAAGAACAUUCAGGAAAUGAUUGGAGAAAAUGGCAAUGUUAUGGGAACCUUUACAUCAGUUAUUGUUGAAUUCGAGAUGAAAUACAUCACAAACGGAACUAUGAAUGGCAUUUUAUUUGCAUUGUAUGUGCUAUUGGUACUGACUACACUGACGCAAGCAUACCUUCAUUGUUCUACAACGAAAGAACAGAAAUCUCAAUUAGAAGAGGUAAGCUGA